GGCGGAGGCGCAUACGGGACCCCGAGGGCUUGAGGAGGUUGUCCCGCUUCUGGUCUGGGAGGGCCGGAAGAGUUUCGGGGGUGGCGGGUUCACGGCGAUCUCUGGUGGCAGCGCGGGCCUGGUCGAGGCCGGCCGCCGCGGGACCCAUUGCAGGAGCUUCAGGUUCCCCCGUGGAGUUGGGAUUUGAGGCCGCGACCAGAGCUGCUCGCUGACCGCGUCCAAAUGAUUGAGGUCCAAACGCUGCUCACUUCCAGCCGGGAAAACGCGUGCUCUCCGCCCUUACCUUUUCUGUGCUGCUGGGUUUGACAGUUUCCCUCAAGGCGUGUCCGGGUGCGGCGUUAUCCUCAGUAACACCCUCGGCCUCACUAGGAGAAACCUCAGAAAGGCUGCCAGAGGCGCCGUCGAGAGAGGAAACGGGUUUCUCCUCCUGCUCCCCCGCCCCCAAGAUGUCUUGCUAGAAAGAGAGGGGUGUGUUUAGGCUGCUCAAGUGGAAGUUAUCUGGACUGCUUUAGGCCAAGAUUCUAUAUAGUACAUAAAACUAUUUGUUAAUGGUUUCCCUUUUCCCAGCCGAUUCCACCCCCAGGUGGUUUGCACUUUGAGCCUUUUGUAGUCCUGAUGAACAAUUUCGCUUUCUUCAAGUUUAUGACACUUGGAACUUCAAGGAUUGGAGGUUUAUGCAUUUUGAGACUGGUCAGCACUGUGCAGAGUUCAGAGUACUGAGAGACAGAGAUUAAAAUGGCUUCCAGAGGAAAGACAGAGACAAGCAAAUUGAAGCAGAAUUUAGAAGAGCAGUUAGAUAGACUGAUGCAGCAAUUACAAGAUCUGGAGGAAUGCAGAGAGGAACUUGAUACAGAUGAAUAUGAAGAAACCAAAAAGGAAACUCUGGAGCAACUAAGUGAAUUUAAUGAUUCACUGAAGAAAAUUAUGUCUGGAAAUAUGACUUUGGUAGAUGAACUAAGUGGAAUGCAACUGGCUAUCCAGGCAGCUAUCAGUCAGGCCUUUAAAACCCCAGAGGUCAUUAGAUUGUUUGCAAAGAAACAACCAGGUCAGCUUCGGACAAGGUUAGCAGAGAUGGAUAGAGAUCUCAUGGUAGGAAAGCUGGAAAGAGACUUGUACACUCAACAGAAAGUGGAGAUACUAACAGCUCUCAGGAAACUUGGAGAGAAGCUGACUGCAGAUGAUGAGGCCUUCCUGUCAGCCAAUGCAGGUGCUAUACUCAGCCAGUUUGAGAAAGUCUCGACAGACCUUGGUUCUGGAGACAAAGUUCUUGCUUUGGCAAGUUUUGAGGUUGAAAAAACAAAAAAAUGACAUGGUGUGGAAGCUUGGGACAUUGGUCACAUUCUUGUUUUAACUGGUAUUUUUCUUCUGGGGAUUUUGAGUCAUUGCAA